AUGGCCAUUUUAUUUACUCAAAUCGUCAGACCCUUGGACAGCAGAAUAAUUGUGUCUGCAGAGUGCCCACUCUCCAGGCACUUCGAAACUGUCCACAAGAAGGUGCUUGAUGAGAUGUCCAGCAUUCCAGACAAGUUUCCAAACGAAACGCAGUUCUGCAGCACAAAGUCUGCGGAGGAGGGCAUAAGCAUAUACUUCAAGCAGUUCCAAAGCAUUAUGAUUCUCAGUGCUGUGGAAAUAGGCCUAUCCAAAACCACAAUUUCCCUGUUCUUUGAAAGGCUGAAAGACAUAUUUGAAAAAAACUAUGGGACAGACCUAUCAAGCGAAAUGUCGUACAUUCGGUUUGAGGAAAUCAUAAAGGAGGAGAGCAAAAAGUACAGCAAAGACAAAGGGUUUGAGGAAACCCUCGAAACUCUGAAGGAGACAAAGGAGGUGUGCAUACAGAACUACACAAAUGUUUUGCAAAGAGGCCACAAGAUAGAGCAGCUGGAAAUACUUGGGCACAAGCUGCAGAACAUCUCUGAGAAGUUCAGAAAGAAGAGCAGAAAGAUGCAUGUGGAAGCUGUUGUGAUGCAGUAUGUGUUCUAUGCUGCCAUUGUGAUUUUGUUUUUCUUGAUUCUCUACUUUUUCAUUAGAUGA